AUGUCCGCCUCCUCCCUCGUAGCCCUCGACUCCCUCGAGGCCACCAUCCUCAUCGACAACGACCUGGACCCCAUGUCCCCCACCCCGCCAGAUACAGUAGAAGUGACCGGUCUAAUGCGCACGCUAGCAACAUCCUCUCCGCACGAUGUCCACGACAGGGGCGAUGCGCAUAAGGAGCUUCAAAUGGAGGAUAUAUGCUGUUCUGCGCAUGGCUUGUCGAUUCUUGUGACCGCAACAAAAGAUAACAAACAGCACACGAUCCUCUUCGACGCCGGACCUGAAGGCGACGCCUGGGAGAGGAACGUUAAGCGGCUACGGCCGGAUUUGGCGGACGUGGAGGUCGUGCAGUUGUCGCAUUGGCAUCGGGAUCAUUCUGGUGGUCUUCAACGAGCCAUUGAGAUGAUUACAGAUGCUAAGACGCAGAAAGCCGAUGGGAAUUCCUCUGCGACGGUAGUUGAUCUUCACCCUGAUCGACCGGAUUACAGAGGCAUGGCUAUCGGCCAGAAUAUCAUCUCGCUGCAGGCUGAUCCUACUUUUGAGGAACUAGAAGCUGCCGGAGGCACGGUGCAGAAACAUGCUGAUGCGCAUACCGUUCUCGAUAAUUUCUUCUUCAUCUCGGGGGAAAUUCCUCGACGGACGGGGUAUGAGCAUGGAUUGAAGGGUGGGAUGAGGUUCGAUGCGGAAGAGAAGGAUUGGUUCUCGGAUGAGGGGAUUGCGGAUGAGAGGUUCUUGAUGUGUAGGCUUAAGGACAAAGGCAUCGUCAUGUUCACGGCGUGCAGUCAUGCUGGGGUGGUUAAUUGUGCCCAGUAUGCGGUGGAUUCGCUGGACGGCGAGGUCCCUCUACAUGCUAUUGUUGGCGGCUUUCAUCUUGCUACUAGUGAGGCGUCGCAGUUGGAGAGUACCGUUAGGGAUCUGAAGAAGUUGGAUCCCGCGGUUAUUCUUCCGGGGCAUUGCUCGGGGUGGAGGGCUAAGUUUGCGAUUGAGAGGAGUAUGCCGGGGGCGAUGGUGCCUUGUUCGGUGGGGAUGAAGAUUAAAUUCUAG